CGCCCGCCGCCGCCCCGCCCCCGCCGCCGCCGCCGCCCUUUGUCCGCCGCCGUUGCCGCGGGCCCCGCCAUGGCGGAACGGUGAUGGGCGGCGGGGCCGGCCCGAGGAUAACGGGGCCGAGGGGAACCGGGAGCCUCAUGCCGGGGCCGCCGCCAUGGGGCAGGUCCUGGGCUUCGCCCACUGCAAAGAGGCUCCAUCCACGGCCUCCACCACACCGGACUCCACGGAGGCAAAGGUGGCCCCGAGGAGCCCGAGUUCCCCCCCGAGCUGCCGGCGGCCCCGGUGCCCCCCGAGGAGGAAGAAGAGGAUGAAGAUGGGGGGACCCCCCCUCGGACUCCCCCUCGCGAACUCACCUUCUCCUACAUCACCUUUGGGGGAGGGGGCAGCGCCCCCCAAACCGAGCCGGGCCCCCGCUGCCGCCGGGACCCCCGCCGAGGGCGCCCCCCCCGCCUGGGCUCAGGGCCCCCCCCCCCGGGGGCUGGACCCCCAUUUAGGGGUCAGAGCCCCCCCAAAGCGGCAAGGGGAGCCCCCGGCUCCCUCCGAGGGGCGGCUGGAGCUGGGGGGGGCCCUUCUGGGGGGGGGAAGGCCCGAGAUGGAAGAGCCCCCGAUGAGGCCGGCAGCCCCUCCCCAGCCCGCAGGGGGAGCCCCGCGGCCGGCCCCCCCCGCGCCCCCCCCGGACCCCCCCUCGACCCCGGACCCUCCCCCGGCGCCCCCCGACCAAUCAGCGAGCCCGGCGGGCGCUGAUGUACUGGUGUGGGAGCUGCUGUACUGGCGGGACCCCGCGCGCUCGGCGCUGGUGCUGGUGUCGCUCCUGGCCGCGCUGGGCUGCCUCGCGCGCUUCAGCGCCGUCAGCGUGGGCGCCUACGGGGCGCUGGCCGUGCUGGGGGUCACCCUGCCCCGGCGCCUGCACCGCGCAGCACUGCGGGCCCUGCGGCCCCCCCCGCACCCCAGCCGGGCGCCGCCGGAGGCUGCAGUGGGGCUGAGCCCCGAGGAGCAGCGGCGCUGGGCCCGGCGCCUGGCCCGGCACGUCACCGCGGCCACCCGCACCCUGGCCCGGCUCUUCCUCGUGCACAGCGUCCCCGAGUCCCUCAAGUUCGCCUUCUUGUUCUACCUGCUGACCUACGUGGGGGCCGUCUGCAACGGGCUGACGCUGCUGGGAGCCGGCGUCAUCUGCGCGUUCACCUUCCCCGUGCUCUACCGGCACCACCAGGCCCAGAUCGACCAGUACGUAACCCUGGUGCGGAGCCACCUGAGCCACCUCCGGGCCAGGAUCCAGGCCAAGCUCCCGAGUGCCAAAGCGAAGCCGCAGUGACCCCCCCCCGUGUGUCCCCCCCUGCCCCGAGGUGACAGCGGGGGGGGGAGAAGGAGGCGGGGUCCCCCCACGGCCCCCCCCCGUCCUGUGGGGGGGGUCACACUUUAAUAAAGACUCUUGUGACAAC